UGUCAAUGUCAAAACAACACCGAACAACAUAACCAAAAAAACUUCUUGUGUGCAUGUUGUUAUUCGAAAUAAACAAAUAAUGCAGACUAUUCGUGAAUUCACGCGUAAAACAAAACGCGGAAACAUUUUAAAAAUUGUACGUGAGCACUAUCUUCGCGAUGACCUGGGAUGUGGUUCACAACUUUGUAAAAUUUGCCAUCAAAACGAAUCUGAACUCCUGCUGGAAAACAACGCUAAGUCCAAGACCUCGCUGUUCAAUUUCCCACAUUAUCUAGUUCUAGACACUAAUGUUGUUCUAGAUCAGAUAGAUGUACUCGAGGAGGAUGCUAUUUGCAAUGUUAUUGUUUUAACAACAGUUUUGCAAGAAGUUAAACACCGCAGUUCUUCGGUGUACAAUAGGUUUCGAGAUAUUUUUAAUCAUGCCGCUAGGAAUUUCUAUGUCUUUGUCAAUGAACAUCAUAAAGACACAUAUGUAGAACGUAAGCCAGGAGAAACUCAAAACGAUCGCAACGAUCGUGCCAUUCGCUGUGCAGCCAAAUGGUAUGACGAACACCUUCAACAGAGUCAGAGGAAAGCUGGUGACAAACGAACUCGUGUUAUUCUUCUCACCGAUGAUGUUGGUAAUCGUGAAAAGGCAGAAGCUGAAGGUAUUCUUGUUGCUUCAGCCAAAGACUACAUCAAAUCACUGAUUGAUCAUCCAUUUUUGUUGGACAAAUACGCCCACAAAAAUUUCGAGAUUGAAAAUAUUCGACUACCAUUGUUUCCACCACAUUUGAGCAUUACCGAAAUCCAUGAAGGAAUUCGCUGUGGAAAACUUAUUCAGGGUUCAUUUAUGGCAUCCCGAGAGAAUUACCUUGAAGGAUUUGUUAGCAAUGAAUCAUAUGAUAGUAUGAUUCUAAUUCAAGGACGUGAAAAGCUGAAUCGUGCCGUUGAUGGCGAUAUUGUUGCAGUUGAAUUAUUGCCCGAGGAUCAAUGGUCGGCUCCAAGUGAAAUUGUACUUCAAGAAGACGACAAUGAUCAUGGUGACAAUUUGGAUGAUAUCGAAGAAGAUAAAGUAUUUCAAAAGAAGAAGAAAGGGGAGAAAGGUAAACCAACUGGAGUCAUUGUUGGUAUAAUCCGACGGAAAUGGCGUCAAUAUUGUGGUAUUUUGCAACAAAACACGGUCGAAGGGUCCACAAGGCACGUCUUUAUACCGGCCGAUCGAAAGAUUCCUAGAAUUCGUAUCGAAAGUAGACAAGCUGAUAAAUUGUAUAUGCAACGAAUUAUUGUGGCAAUUGAUACGUGGCCAAGAUCUUCUCGUUAUCCUCAUGGACAUUUCGUAAGAGCGCUUGGGCCGCUUGGUAAUACAGAGACAGAGAACGAGGUUAUUUUGUUGGAACAUGAUGUGCCGCACAGUAAAUUCUCAGAAGAGGUACUUAGUUUCUUGCCCAAGAUGCCUUGGACAAUUACGGAGGAGGAUUACGCAAAACGUGUUGACCUACGAGAUUUAUACAUCUGUUCUGUUGAUCCUCCGGGAUGCACAGAUAUAGAUGAUGCUCUGCACUGUCGUCUCUUACCGAAUGGUAAUUUAGAAGCUGGCGUACAUAUUGCCGAUGUAAGUCAUUUCAUUCGGCCAGGAAACGCAUUAGACAUGGAAUCAGCUUCACGAGGUACAACUGUUUAUUUAGUUGGCAAACGUAUUGACAUGGUUCCUGAACUACUUAGUUCGAAUCUUUGUUCAUUGGUUGGAAAUCAGGAGCGUUUUGCAUUUUCAUGCGUUUGGGAAUUAGAUCACGAGGCGAAUAUUAUUAAUAAACGUUUCCAUAAAAGUGUUAUCAAAUCAAAGAAAGCUAUGACCUAUGAGGAGGCUCAAAUAAUCAUUGAUGAUAAGAAACAAAAUGAUGAGCUGGCAAAAUCUCUAAGGAACCUCAAUAAAUUAGCAAAAAUUCUUAAGAAAAGGCGUAUGGAUAAUGGUGCUCUUGUCUUAGCAUCGCCAGAAAUUCGUUUCCAAGUAGACAGUGAAACGCAUGAACCUCUUGAAGUAGAAGUUAAGCAAAUUCGAGAAACUAAUUCUAUGGUGGAAGAGUUUAUGUUGCUGGCUAAUAUAACUGUCGCCGAACACAUUGCCAAUGAAUUUACUGAAUGUGCUAUGUUGCGUCGUCAUCCCAGGCCACCGCCAAAUAACUUUGAUCCUCUGAUCAAAGCAGCGCGCAAUCAAGGUUUUGAAAUAAAUACGGACUCAGGAAAAGAACUAGCCGAAUCCUUAGAUUUGGCAGUAAAGGAAGACAAUCCAUAUUUUAAUGUUAUGAUAAGGAUAUUGACUACGCGUUGCAUGAUGCAGGCUUUGUAUUUUAUAAGUGGAACUGUCGCCAGAGAAGACUUUUUCCAUUAUGGAUUGGCUGCUCCUAUUUACACUCAUUUCACUUCACCCAUCCGUCGGUAUUCCGAUAUAAUAGUGCAUCGUUUGUUGGCGGCCAGUAUUGGGGCCGAUAGCACCUAUGCCGGACUUCUAGACAAAAAAUCCAAUGAAGCUCUCUGUCAGAAUUUGAACUACCGUCACAAAAUGGCUCAGUACGCUGGUCGAGCGUCUGUGGCAAUGAAUACCCAUCUGUUUUUCCGUGGAAAGACGCAAGAUGAAGAAGGUUAUGUCUUAUUUGUUCGAAAGAAUGCACUGCAGGUAUUGAUUCCAAAGUUCGGUCUAGAAGGUACCAUCUAUUUGAACGGAAAAGACGAAAACAAGAAAGAUUCAGACAUUGCUUUUGUAUAUAAUGAAGAUGAUCAUACCCAGCGUUGUGGCAAAUUUAUAUUCCACUCAUUCGACCCAGUUCGGGUGAGGUUAAGUUUAGACUCAAGGAACGUUCAACAUGAAAAAUUAGUUUUUCAAAUGGUUGAACCUUACAUUAAAGGAUUCAGUGCUGAGCCUAUUGUCAAUGAGUCAAUGGAUACUGCAGAGCCAACGAGUGCAAAGAAACAGAAAGUCGAGCAACCUAAGAAGAAUAAGAAACAAAUGAAGAAAAAAUAAAAUUGAACCAUAAAUAAA